AAUUUUACUUUAAAAAUGUCUUCGCCAUCAAUAUCGGACAAAAUGUCCUUUACAUGUUUGGACUUGCUUUUGAACAUUUUAAUAGAAGAUACUAAAGAGUUUCAAAAGGAAUUUGACACCAAAAUGAGCUUUAUACGCGAACAGGAAAACUACUGCUCAAAGAAUAUGGAAGAACUUAUUUCGAUUCAAGACUUUGUAGAAUCGAUGAAGAAAUGUCUUUUCCAAACUGAGCUUGAAUUGGGGGAAUUCGAAUCCUCUUUGCUCCAAGCAGAACAAUACAUUUCGCUACUUGAGGCACAAUCCAACAACUUUUCGCAGAACUCACAAUUCGCUAAUCUUAUUACUAGCAACUAUCGGGACCUUUUGGUGCUACUUCUAUCGGCAGAUCGUUCUGCCGCACAGUGCAACAAUCUAAGGAAAGAGAUCGAUCUGUACAACAAUUUGGUCUCCAAACAUUUCGCAGCACCUAAAUUGAUUAUCACUAUUAUGGACUAUCAUGUAAAGGCGCUUAAGUCAAUGGAUGAACAAUUAAAUCAAUUACAAUGCAUGGCCGAUAAUGUGGCCAGUAAUUAUGAUCAAAUAACUAAACAACUCAAGAUAAGCAGCCUGAGCACUAAGUGCACAUGCGAUAUGGCUAAAGUAGUUAAUGGCAAAUUCAAAAUUUCUGACUGUUUACAGCAUAAUUUUAAUGUAUUUAAAAAAUAA